AUGCCUACAGCAAUAGACUCUAGUGAACGACAAUCACAUACAGUCACAGAAGUGUCGAUAUCGGCUGAUGUGCACUUUGUGAAUGAAUCUUCUCCUGUGGUUGAUGGUGUCGAUAUAUCACAUGAGCUCUAUACUAGAUUAUUUCCUACACCAGAUGAACCUGAAUCUGUUUCAGAAGGGAAAUAUGUCCUUAUUAGAUUACUUGGGGCUCCAGACUAUUUUGGAAAUUUUAAUUUAUACAAAAUUUCGUCGAUAAACCAUUAUAGUCCAACCCCACUUGCGGUGUCACUUGUCAAUCAAACCAAUCUUGCUAGAUUUAACGGCCAGAUAACGUUGAAUAAAUGUAUUAUUCGAUCAGUUGACCCUCACUCGAUCCCAAUUCUUGAAAAAGUAUUUGUAUGUGUGCCAGAGAAUAUAUAUCUAGUGCUACAAGGUAUGCCUCUGUCUUCAGUAAAGGAACUUUUCAUUACCAAAGUUUUAGCACAUAUUGGAGGCAUUGUUAGAUCUGGAGACGUUGUUCGUGCUCUUAAUGGUACCGUCAAGCUAUGUGAGCCUGUAUCACAGGGGUUUCUUAAUGACUCGACCAGUAUUGUUCUCGUUAAAGAGCAUUUGUUAGAAGAUGGAGAAAUUGAUACUGAGGUUCAAGAAGAGCAAUUGCAAGAAUCAUUAAAGGAAAUUGAUCUUGACCUAGAAUCAGAUGAUGGUGAAGACGUGGGAUUGGACUUGUCUACAUAUUUAAAUGGGCCUACUGUUUCUAAUACUCCUCUGAUAGAGCUAUUAGUUAAGCCACUACCAGACAAACUUGCCAUUGAUGAUAUCCAACCAUCCCUUUGGACAAAGGAAGAUCAUGAUUUGUUUGCGUUUUUAAAUGCAGAGGAUUUCGUACGAUUGGGGUUCCCAGUUUUCAAUGGAGAUUCUGUAAAACUCUCAUUUGGUGAUAAAUCAGUGAUUAUCAAAAUCUUGACCGUCAUGGAGCCAAACAAAAGUUUCCGUCUGGGCUCCAUUUACCUCUCACCUAUAUUAAUUAUUAACCUUGAUCUCACCCAAGAUUCCAAGAUCACAUUGUCCCCUAUUCCUCAAAGAGGUCAAUUAUUAUCGAGUGUUGUACCGAUUGCCAAGUCUGUUACCAUUGCAAGGGUAUUAUCUCCUAUCACCAUGGACAAAACUUACCAACAAAGUUUUUUUGCUGCAUUGAAAACAUCUUUCCAUUCUUCAUUUAAAUGUGUUCGCCAGGGCGAUUUUAUACCUGUUGUGAUCGAUACUGUUUUGUCAAAAACCAUGUUUGAUACUAAUAACAUGUUGCAACAAAAUGGCCAUGAACCAUUGGAAGACUCUGUAGUUCCCAUUGGAGAUCCAGAUGCCGUUGCAUGGUUUAGAAUUGUUGAAAUCAGUGCUGGUGAAGAAAAGGAUGACCUUCUGAGAAUUACCGAAACUAACCAAUAUGUCAUUGACUCCUUAAAAACUAGAAUGAUUUCGUCAGGAGUUGAACAUGUUAGGUUACCUUCAAACUCAUUUGGUCAGUGGUUUCAAUUUUUGCAGCUUCCUCAAGCUUUCCCGUUCUAUAAGGUGAUCCAGUCGAAUCCGCUGAUUUUCAAAUAUGCCUCGGAACUCAAAAAAAUUAUAUGUACAUGCAUUGAAUCGCAGGGUAAGGUUCAAUUGAAGACUUCUAUAUUACUUAAUUCGUCCUCUAGAGGUUUAGGUAAAACUACUGUGAUGAGAGAUUUGGCUUUGGAUUUAGGUCUCAAUCUUAUUGAAUUGGAUUGCUUUGAUGUUAUUAACCCUGGUGCAGAACUUAAGACGAUUGGGUUACUUAGAGGUAAAAUAGAUAAACUUAUCGGUGAUGCAAUUCAAGGUGGUAGUAUCGACGCUGCAACAUUCCAUGUGAUUUAUUUGAAACAUAUUGAAAACCUAUGUGUUAAGACAGAUGAAAACGAACAGGGAUCCAAUGUGACUACUUCAUUAUCGUUGAAAGUUGUUCAGUUGAUUCAAGAAUACUUGAAUGAAUAUUCAAAUUUAGUAGUUGUUAUGAGUUGUAACGAUGAAGAUAAACUUAGUGAAAGUUUACGCCUGAUGGUUAAGUUUCAGAUAGAUUUUGGAGUACCAAAUGAACGGGAGAGACUUGAAAUCUUCAAGUUUUUAAUUCAAGAUGGUAUUUCUUCGAGUAUUAAGAGAGUUGCUGAAGUGACUAAUGAUGAUAAUGACUACUUUGAUUUAUCUCUUGUGGCGUACGAUAAGCGGAAUGAUGUAAGUUACCAAUCUUUGGCUUUGCAGUCUGCUGGUUUGACACCUAGGGAUCUUAUUUCCAUCAUCAAGUGUGCAAAAAGGUUAGCAGUGCAAAGACUCACAGAAACAUGUCAUGAACAGAAACUUCUGUUACAUCAAUUGGUGAUGGUGGGUAAUGGGGGGAGAAUCACCUGGAUACCUGAAGACUUCAAUAAAGCUAUAAACGAAGCACGUAAUCAAUUCAGUGAUUCCAUUGGUGCUCCAAGAAUCCCUAAUGUUAAAUGGGAAGAUAUCGGUGGUCUUGAUUUGGUCAAGGAUGAAAUUUUGGAUACUAUUGAUAUGCCAUUGAAACAUCCUGAGUUGUUCAACAAUGGGUUGAAGAAAAGAAGUGGUAUCUUAUUCUAUGGGCCACCUGGUACUGGUAAGACAUUACUUGCUAAAGCUAUUGCAACCAACUUUUCAUUGAAUUUCUUCAGUGUCAAAGGUCCUGAAUUACUUAAUAUGUACAUCGGUGAAUCUGAAGCAAACGUUAGAAGAGUAUUCCAAAAGGCAAGAGAUGCUAAGCCAUGUGUCAUCUUUUUUGAUGAAUUGGAUUCUGUUGCUCCAAAGAGAGGAAACCAAGGGGAUUCCGGGGGUGUCAUGGACAGAAUUGUUUCACAAUUACUAGCUGAGUUGGAUGGAAUGAGUGGCGAUGGUGAUGGUGUCUUUGUAGUGGGUGCCACUAAUAGACCUGAUUUGUUAGAUGAAGCUCUCUUGAGACCAGGAAGAUUUGAUAAGAUGUUAUACUUGGGAAUUUCUGAUACAAAUGAUAAACAAGCAAAGAUUUUAGAAGCUUUAACAAGAAAAUUCGAAUUAAAUGAAGAUGUUGAUUUACAAAAAAUUGCAGAGAAAUGUUCAUUUACAUUCACUGGUGCUGAUUUCUAUGCAUUAUGUUCCGAUUCGAUGUUAAAUGCCAUGACUCGUACUGCAAACAAUGUUGAUACUAAAAUCAAAAAGUUUAAUGAAGAUCUCGUGGCAAAGGGUAAACCUGUUGUAUCAACCCGUUGGUGGUUUGAUAAUGCUGCAACCCCUGAAGAUAUACACGUUUCAGUAACUAUGGAAGAUUUCCAAAAGGCCCAAAAUGAAUUAUCUCCUUCUGUUAGUGCUGAAGAAUUAGAACAUUAUUUAAGGGUACGUGAGAAUUUUGAAGGAGGUAAAGAAAAGGCAAUGGAAACUGCUGGCGGUAACAACAAUUCGAAUGGUAACGUACAAAACAAUGGACAUGCCAUGUCUCCAGAACUUAAGCAGAGAGUACAAGAGCUCAUUGGAGAUGAUGUGGAAGAGAUUAUUGAUGAACAUGGAAAUCACCUUGGAAAUGGCUACACAUAG